AUGUCUACCACGUCGGGUAUCCAGCAAUGGGAGGUCAAGGAGCCAUACCUCAACCUUCACUGUGGCCUCGGCGAGGGUCCAUACUACGAGAAGGCGACCAACAGCUUGCGAUUCGUCGAUAUCAAGAACAAGCGACUGCACACGGUGGAUUUGACCAAGGGUCCCGAAUCGGUCACCACGCUGCAGUUCGAUGUUCCCGUCACGGUUACUGCGGACAUCGAGGGCGUAGACCCGCGUGAGAAAAUCCUCAUCGGCGCAAAGUAUGGAAUCGCCGUGUUGGACCGCAAGACGGGCAAAUACGAGUACAUCGCGAAUUUCGAGGCUACCCAGCAUAAGGAGCGUCUUAGGAGCAACGAUGGCGCUGUUGACCCCCACGGACGGUUUUGGUUGGGCACCAUGACGGAUUUCGGUCUGGGCGAUGUUCUCCCUGAAGGAUCUCUCCACUUGUUCGCAGGAGGCAAGGCGACCCAGAACGUACGGCACCCCGUCUCGAUCCCCAACUCAGUCAGCUGGUCCCUGGACGGCAAGACCAUGUACUUCACGCACUCGACGGCCCGGACGCUCUACAGCUUCGACUACUCGGAAGCUGACGACGCCCUCACCAAUGAGCGUGUGUUCUACGUGCACGAUGGACCCGGAGAGCCGGAUGGGCACCGCAUCGAUGCUGAGGGCAACCUGUGGACGGCUGUUUAUGGCGAGUCGUGCGUCCUCAAGGUAUCGCCCCAAGGCAAACUCGUUGGGAAGAUCAAGCUACCGACCAAGAAUGUGACUUGUGUCGAAUUUGUCGGAAGCGAGUUGUUCAUCACGACCGCGGGGAUGGCCGAGGGUGAGGGCACGCCCGAAGAAGUGGAUCUCAGUGGUGGGUUGUACAGGAUCGACGUGGGGAUCAAGGGGACAGCGCCGUUUGAGUACAGAUUAGGAGCGUAG